UUGUCAUAUGGUGUCAGUUGCGUUUGCCGGCAUAUUUGCCAACGAACGGCAAUUUAAAUUGACAGCGAAAUGAAAACAAUCAAAAUACGUUAUGUGGCAAUAUUUGACAUCAAAAUUAGAUUUGCCAACAUGUUGGCAAAUUAUUUCCAUUUGCCUCGCGAAUGAUGUGCAAAAAUAAAUAAAAAAGAUUUUUCGCUUUUCAAGGUAAGUGUUUUAUUAUAUUUUCUAAUUUCAAUUAAUGUAUUAUUCCAACCUUUUUCAGUUUCAAAAUGGCAGAAGAAAUGAGUGCAAAUACAGAAAUGUUAAUUCCAAGCAUCAAGCGGGUGCGAAAAAUGAACGCAAAGUGGACAGCGGAGGAGACUGAGCAACUAAUUCAAGAAGUGGAGUCAAGGGAAGGAACCUGGAAUUUCCUUUCCGCGGAUUAUCGCGAUAGGAAUUUGCGUGAGGCUCAGUGGCAUGAAGUGGCAGAAACACUAAAUAUGCCACGAGCCGAAGUAUCAGCCAAGUGGAACAGCCUUCGUUGUUCUUUUCGCGCGGCCUUCAACCGAAGGGCUCAUACAAAAAGUGGACAAGGUGCUGGAAGAACGCCUACUAUGAACCCACUCUACAAAUCGCUAAAGUUCCUCGAGCCUACAUUAAAUGUUGAAGCGAGCACCACUUCAAAUUUAAUAAAUGACAGCUCGUCGACCCUGACCACUCCAACAAUAUUGUUUGAGUCGGAAACGGUAUCUGGCGAUAUUCCACCAACGCCAUCUACUUCACGACCCAAUUUAAGGAAACGUCGUGUUCAAAAAAACGACGAUGGAUACAUUGAAGUAGUUCAACGUACGCUGGAGACCCUCACAUCUGCUACAAAAACUGAUGCUUGGGAUGAUUUAGGCAACUUUGUGGCAUCAAACGGCCGUGAGUGGGACCAAGAAUCUCCACAACCGGCCAGAGAAUUCAAGCGGGACAUAUGUGAGUUGAUAUUUAAGUAUCAGCAGAAAUUCACACGGUAA